UCUCCCUCUUUCUGCUCCCACAGCCACAUAACUGAGGUUUUACAACAACCACUUCCUACAAGGUCUGUCCCCUCCCACCCCCUCCGCUCGGCUUUAGCACGGAACCGCACGGCACGGCUCGCCUCGCUGUCAGCCCCGGCCCUCCUCCAGGGCUUCCUGAGACGGCGUGUGAUUGGAUUAGACUCGGAUAGCCUUUGCCCUCUCACCCCGCUGAUGUUGGCUGGGUGCUUCCUGCUCCCUCCGCUCCCCCCGACCGACUGACGAAGCUUGCCAAAGCCUCACGGCGAAGCGCCCUGCACGGACACAGCCGACCGGGACGAGCCGCUCCAGCCCGACAAGAGUACGAGCCACGAAACACACGGGCAGGCGGACGGGGAAAGAAAAACCGAGGCAGCCAUGCGGAGGAAAUCGAGGAUAUUGUUAUGCUUUGCGGUGCUGUGGGUGCUGGGGAUAGCCUACUACUUCUACUCGGGGACAGCGUUGAGCCGAAAGGAUGAUUGGGGCUCCAGUCACUUAUCCAGUAGGAGCAAAGCUCACUUGUCUGACGACAAGACUCACGGCCUGGAGACUCUGCCGCCAGGUAAGGUGCGCUGGCAGGAUUUUGACCAGGAUCUGUAUGUUGGAGCCACGGUGGUCCGACCUGGUCAGGAUCCGUACGCCAGGAACAAGUUCAACCAGGUGGAGAGCGACAAACUCCGUAUGGACAGAGCUGUGCCUGAUACGAGACAUGACCACUGCAGACAUAAACAGUGGACGUCCGACCUGCCGGCUUCCAGCGUCGUCAUCACCUUCCACAAUGAAGCUCGCUCUGCCCUGCUACGGACUGUGGUCAGUGUCCUGAAGAAAAGUCCUUCUCACUUGGUCAAAGAGAUCAUUCUAGUUGAUGACUACAGUGAUAAUUCGGAGGAUGGAGCGCUGCUGGGGAAGAUUGAAAAAGUGCGCGUGUUGAGAAACGACCGCAGAGAAGGACUGAUGCGUUCAAGGGUUCGUGGUGCAGAUGCCUCCACGGCACCCGUCCUCACCUUCUUGGACUCUCACUGUGAAUGUAACGACCACUGGCUGGAGCCGCUACUGGAGAGAGUGGCUGAGGACAAGAGCAGAGUAGUGUCUCCUAUCAUUGAUGUCAUCAACAUGGACAACUUCCAGUACGUAGGAGCCUCGGCCGAUCUGAAAGGAGGUUUUGACUGGAAUUUGGUGUUUAAAUGGGACUACAUGACUCUGGAUCAGAGACGAGCCAGACAAGGCAACCCCAUCGCCCCCAUUAAGACUCCAAUGAUAGCAGGGGGUCUAUUUGUCAUGGAUAAGGAUUACUUUGAGCUGCUGGGAAAGUACGACAUGAUGAUGGACGUAUGGGGAGGAGAAAACCUUGAAAUCUCAUUUCGCGUGUGGCAGUGCGGUGGCAGUCUGGAGAUCAUCCCCUGCAGCAGAGUUGGCCACGUCUUCAGAAAGCAGCAUCCAUACACCUUCCCUGGGGGCAGCGGGACUGUGUUUGCAAGGAACACGAGGAGAGCAGCAGAGGUGUGGAUGGACGAGUUUAAAAACUUCUACUAUGCGGCCGUCCCCUCGGCGAGAAAUGUCCCCUACGGAAAUAUCCAGAGUCGUUUGGAGAUGAAGAAGAAAUUAGGAUGCAAGCCAUUCAAAUGGUACCUGGAGAAUGUCUACCCUGAACUGCGAGUCCCAGACCACCAGGACAUAGCGUUUGGAGCGUUGCAGCAGGGAGGAAACUGUCUGGACACUCUGGGUCAUUUUGCCGACGGCGUGGUGGGUAUCUACGAAUGCCACAACGCCGGGGGAAACCAGGAGUGGGCCCUGACGAAGGAUAAGUCAGUCAAACACAUGGACUUGUGUCUGACUGUGGUGGACCGAACGGCCGGCUCCCUCAUCAAACUACAAGGCUGUCGAGAGAACGACAGCAGACAGAAAUGGGAGCAGAUUGAGUCCAACGCGAAGCUUCGUCACGUGGGCAGUAACGUCUGUCUGGACAGCCGCAGCGCCAGGAUGGGCGGACUCACUGUGGAGGUCUGCAGCCCGAGCCUCAACCAACAGUGGAAGUUCACCCUCAAUUUACAAUCAUAGGGGGCGCUACCAACCCUGGAAGAGCUGGAUAAUGGAUAGAGACACUAACAGACUCUGAAACACGGAGAAAGACAAACUUGAUGGAUAAAUAGAUCCCUCUCGCUCCUCCUCCUCCUCAGAGGUGCUGCCAGUCACGUCUAUACACCUCUCCCCCACCCUCACUCCUCCCAAGAUAACAAAGAGCCACACCUACUGGGGGAGGGGCUUGUAGACCAUAAUGGAGUAAACAGAAUUUGGUGGAUGGAUGGUGACGGUGAUGAUCAUGAUGAGGAUAAAAGCGAUGAAGAGGCUUUCCAUCCAAACUACAUACCUCAGUGUUUUUUCAUUGGUGGUUCCAGAGGCUGAUUUUGUUCUUUUACUUUCUCUAAAGCUGGUGAGGUAGAACUCUUUUUACUUUGUAAUUGUUUUAUUUUAUUAUUGAUCUUUUUUAUUUCUUGCUGUUAACUCUUCACGGAGGUUUCGCAGGAGAUUUUUUUCAUUCUCGAAAGAAUGGGACGUUGGUGGUGUUGCUCCUCUCCGGUACUCUCUCUCUCUUUGUGUCACCACACCGAGCUGAAGCUUGGGCCUCGAGCUAGUGUCUGUAACGGCAGAUGGAGGCUUCAGGUUGCGGUUUCGGUGAGGUUUGGGGUGUAGAGGGACGUGAAGGGAGGAAAUGGACUCGAAUCCUUGAGCUGUUCCUCUGGUUUACCCUCAUUUGUUCACAGGAUCAACAGAGAAAAGAGAGGCAACGUGGAGAGAGGAAUGCUGGGAUUUCUACUUUAAUUUCUACACAGUUUUUCUACAGAUUGUGUCUUGGGGAGGGGGUCCAGGGAGGAACUUCUCUGCUUUGGAUGGGGCCUGACACCGGUUUGGUUUGGCCGGCCAGGAAGUGUCUUGAAGCCACCCCUCAGGAUUUACUGUUUGUCGUCCGGCUGUAGCACUGGCUGCCACAGCAUCUCCACUUCUACACCAUUAUGUCUCUAAAGAAACAAUACACAGAAAAAAAAUCUCUUAACAAAAAUUGCUUUUUUGUUGCUUUUGUCAAAAAAAAAAAAUGGAACCAAAUUUUGAAUGGAUGUUUUUGUGUUUGAGGAAUACCAGAUGAGUGAUUAAAAGAGUUUUUUUUCUUUCCAUACUCUCGCUGCUCUCUAACUGCUCCCUGUGGAGCAGCUCAGUUUCUACAUCUUCUUUUCCUGCACCGAUAACUUUCUUUGCCUGUGUCUAAUCUUGCCAUUGUAGGAAGGUUGCUGUCUAAUAAUCACACCCAAACAGGAGUUAAUGUUGCAGCUUUUUCCCUUGAGGUAACAGGCUGCAAAAGGAUAAUUGUAACAUUCAUAAUAUACUUUCAACAUACACCUGCCUGCUCCUGCAUGGCAAUAGAAGGAAACACCAGCGCUCGUAUGUGGCUACCAUUUCGACACGGUCCCACUUGUCGACGAGAGUAAGACCUUGCUUAUUCCGGUCUGUGAACAGAUAUCAUGCAAAAAAGAAAAACGGUUUCCUGGCUGUAGUCAAACUAUAAAAUGUGCAUGCACAAAGCUGCUUCUAGCUGCAUGCAUCACCAACCGGCUCCCACAGUUACACUCGGUAAGAAGUGGUUCCCAUCAAGAUGCUUUUCUUUUCCUCAUCGUGCCUGUUAGAUGAGCCAUCUGUUCAGAAGUUUGAAGCUGCAAUAAACAAGGUUUUACUGUUUGUCCUCGCUCUGUUUCUGCUUGAGGUGAUCAGGUUUUUUUCUGAUUGCACAAGCAGGACUCCUCAGUUUUGGCUGAUACAAAGUAGUAAUGAGAACGCUUGCUGUUUAUUUUGGCGAGCUACUUUAUAAGCAACAAUAUUUCAGUGUCACCAAGCAGCAUUGUGCCAUUUCAUGGUUCUUUGUUACCUGAAAGUGUUACUGAUACCAUCUCCAGUACACGUACAGGUUUGCUAUCGUUCAUUACCUGAUGCCUGUUGUGCAUCUUUGCAACUCUAGCCUGUCCUGGGCUUCAACAUGGGUUAGUCUUAACUGCUAUGAUCCUGCUAUGAUGCCUUUAUUCACUGAUGAGUAAUGAUGGUAUAGUUUGGGGGAAAUUGUUUGUGAUUAAAGUUGGAGGGACUCAUCACUUGGCAACAACAAACACCAAAUAUCUUUGAACGGAUAUACAGUGCUGUACAACAGAAAUGGCUUAUAAAAGUCAUCCUUUAUUUCUGAGUUUAUUCACGGAAGAAGUUGCAGCCUCAAGUGUUCUUUAAUGUCAAAUCUCUUUCUCAAUAUUUCUCUCCAUCUCUCACAUUCACGUCUUUACCUGUAAAUGUUGAUUUCUUUGUUUUACUGUAUUACCGAAUCGGACAAAGACAGCUGUUCAUGCUUGAUGUGCUGUCUGAUACUUUUUCAUCCUCUGUUCCAUCACUUUGUUUGUCUUCUGCCAUUUUGUUCUUUGUACCUGAUGUUUGCCUUGUCUUAAACAUUCACACGACUGUAAGCGGGGUGGGCGGAGUUCAGCUAAGACUGCAGCCGGUUGAAAAAGCCGAUCCUGUGACUUGACAGGUCGCUGCACUGUGCUGCGAGGCACAGGACCAGAGGGUGAGCCUAGAUGUGAGGAAAGCUUCUGUGGACAGACUCAAAGGCCCAAAAUCUGAUUUAAGGUUUCAGUUAGAUUUCUGCAGAAAGAAUAUGAAACAUUCUCAGUUGUCUUAAUUUCUCAACAAUGUUUAAAAUCAAUAAUUGUAGAAGCUGAUUGGAAUUGAUGGUGUAAAUUUUCCUCAAUUUAGCAUCCAAACAGUGGUCUCAUCAGAGGCUUCGGUGGACCGCAGCAUAUGUCACACGCAUGUUGUAGACCGAACAGCUGUUUGAGCCUGAUGGGUGUAAACUUGAUGAUAAUUUAUAGGGCAGGUCUGAGGUUUGGGAUUUCUUUGGAUACGUUGGAUGUAGGUACUAUCAUUUAUUUUACCAGUUAUUCCUUUACAUCUCCUUGAUAUGUUUGAUAAGAGUUUGUCAGGUCUUGACCUGGUAAUCGGGUACAUACUUGAAUGUUCUCUCCUAACUUGAUGUCUUUUUGACAUCAAACUGUUUGGCAAUCCUCAAUUAUUAGCAUUUGUCAUCAAAUUUUGAUGCUUGAAUGUUGCUGAUGAGAACCUGAUACUAGAAGGUCUUUCUUUUCAAAGUGUCUGGACUUUGUCCCCGUUAUGUUUUCCUGUGGUGUACAGCGCCCUCUAUUGUAACACUUCUUGUUAACAAGUAAAGAACCACAACAGGAAAGAAAAAGGAACUCAAGGUAGUAACUUUCUGAUGCACAAUGCACCACUGAGAGUUUCAGACAUUUUUCUUGUUGUCUUAGUUCUAUUGUCAUUAAACUGUAAACAGGCAGUACAAACAUGAGCAGGCAUGAGGACCAAACCGCACACACCCGAGCGACCAGGGCAAUACUGUCUGCUACAACGGUUCAGACAUGUUGUUUAAAGCCUUUCAUUUUUAAACCAGUCUUAUUCUUGUGAAGUUGAAGAGAUUGCUAUUUUACUUUUUAUUAUUUCUAUAUUAUGCGCAGAGGAAACGACUGUCAUGAUUAAGUAGUCCAGCGCCUCAUUUUGAUUGGAUGAUUAAAUGUUUACAUCUUUAGCACAACGUGCCAAAGUU